UAUACAGCACAAAGGUUAUCAUUCCAUUGAGAUUCAUUAUCCCAACGCCAUUCUCUAUAUAAAUGUCUCAGGCAUACGAUGAGAAAAACGUACCUCAUUAUUACAUAAAACAUAUACACACCUUACGUAUUGAAUUAUUAAUUAGCACACAACAUAUGGCUAACUUGAAGUUUUUGAUGUGUCUGUUCUUGAUCUGUGUUUCGUUGUCGCGAUCAUCAGCAUCUCGGCCAUUGCAGCAACGGUUUGCAAAAGCAGAUGGAAGUAGACGAGGGCGUAUGAUGCGAGAAGCAGAAGAAGUGUUGAAAGCUAAUAUGGAAAAACUAAUGGAGAGAGGUUUUAAUGAGUCCAUGAGACUAAGCCCUGGAGGUCCUGAUCCUCGUCAUCAUUGAGUACGAACUCUCGUAGAUUUAAAGUUCCAUGGAUGUAUUUUUUUCUCUUUUUCUCAAUCGAGAACCGGUUUAGAAGAAAUUAAAACAUAUUGAUCCGUUUUGUAUUGUAGCCUUGUUUGUCCGUUCGGUAUAACCAAAAUAAAUCGAGGUAUC